AUGUUGACUCUCGAGUGGGAGUCGGAAGGACUGCAAACAGUGGGUAUUGUUGUGAUUAUAUGUGCAUCUCUGAAGCUGCUUCAUUUGCUGGGACUGAUUGAUUUUUCGGAAGACAGCGUGGAAGAUGAACUGGAGAUGGCCACCGUCAGGCAUCGGCCUGAGGCUCUCGAGCUUCUGGAAGCCCAGAGCAAAUUUACCAAGAAGGAGCUCCAGAUUCUUUACAGAGGAUUUAAGAAUGAAUGCCCCAGCGGGGUUGUUAAUGAAGACACCUUCAAAGAGAUUUACUCGCAGUUCUUUCCACAGGGAGACUCUACCACAUACGCACAUUUUCUGUUCAAUGCAUUUGAUACGGACCACAAUGGAGCUGUAAGUUUUGAGGAUUUCAUCAAGGGUCUUUCCAUUUUGCUCCGGGGGACAGUACAAGAAAAACUCAACUGGGCAUUUAAUUUGUAUGACAUAAAUAAAGAUGGCUACAUCACUAAAGAAGAAAUGCUUGAUAUAAUGAAAGCGAUAUACGAUAUGAUGGGUAAAUGCACAUAUCCUGUCCUCAAAGAAGAUGCUCCCAGACAACACGUUGAAACAUUUUUCCAGAAAAUGGACAAAAAUAAAGAUGGAGUCGUUACCAUAGAUGAAUUCAUCGAAAGUUGCCAAAAAGACGAAAACAUCAUGCGCUCCAUGCAGCUCUUCGAAAAUGUGAUCUAACUUGUCGAAUACGUCCUCAAUCAGACAAAUGUGAACGAUUCUAUCACACAAGUUGGAGCUACCACUUUUAGCAUAGAUUGCUCAGCUUUACACUGAGGCAUAUUAUGCAAACAAGCUUUGUUUUAAUAUAAAGCAAUCCCCAAAAGAUUUGAGUUUUCCAUUUAUAAAUUUGCAUCCUUUUCAUAAUGCCACUGAGUUCAUGGGAUGUUCUAAGUCAUUUCAUACCCUGUGAAUAUUCAAAAGUAAUAGGAUCUGGCAUAUAGUUUUAUUGAUUCUUUAGCCAUGGGAUUAUUAAGGCUUUCACAGUAUCGGUGAUUUUAAAAUAUCUGUGUUUUUUGCUAUUCAUUUGUAUAUAUUCAGCCCCAGGAUUUUAAAUGGUUUUCUGAAAUACUGGCAUCUGCACUUAAUUUCCAGAUAUUAGUUUUCAUGUUUGUAUGCUGUAAUUCCAUUUAUACUUUAAGUAAACAAAACAAGAUUACUACAAUUGGAAAAAAACAAACAAACACAUAGUCCCAGUUUCUCUGGAUUUGCUUCCUUCUGUUAAAGACAUUCAUUUACCUGACAUUUUUUUAUAACAUGAAACAAGUCAGUUUAUCACCAGAUGUCAGCAUAUGCCUAAUAAAGCUUAUUUAAUAAGCAUUUCUUAAUUUUUCAUAAUACACAUUACAGCCAAGGCCUACAUGAUGUAUGUAAUUUUGGAUUUGUUCAAUCCUACAGGUUGACUAUUAUGUCACUAAGCGGAAGUCCGAGAAGGUGUGAAACAAAGCGAGGAUGUCCACAGGCUUAGCAAAGGGUCAGGACAUCCGUCAUCCAGUACGUGGCA